AUGUCGCCGCGACGGUCAUCGCGGGCUCGCACCACCCAGCCCCCACCCAGCGUCGCAACGCACAGCAACUCCUCAUCCUCCGUCUCAUCAGCGCGUACCGAUCGUGCAUCCAGAGUCAAUCCCAAACAGACAUCGCCGCCAAAGUCGUCGACCCCACACUCGCUCUCCUCGGAAGAGCCCGAAGAACCGCCUCACGGCGUGCAGCCCGAGCCGCCUCUGACACGCCGACGAACACGCGAGCACGACAAUGACGAGGAUGAGUCGGCGAAGCUCGACGACGAGCUCGAAGACGACAUCGCAGAGGAGGAUGAGGUCACCCGAUGCGUGUGUGGCUACCAGGAGUACCCGGGCCCGCCAUCCGACACUCCCAAGUCCAUGUCUGCUCUCGCGGACCCAGAUGUGCAAGCCGAUGAACUUGGCGGACUGUUCAUUCAGUGCGACGUCUGCAAGGUCUGGCAACACGGAGGCUGUGUAGGCAUCAUGGACGAAGCUGCCAGCCCAGACGAGUACUUCUGCGAGGAGUGCAGGAAAGACCUCCACAAGGUCACAACAAGUCCCAAAGGUCAAAAGUACUCUCGAUACCUCCCCGUCUACGACCAACAACACGGCAAGAACCGCAAAUCUUCUGUUUCCAAGGAAUCGGAUGGACACCCAGGCAAAGACAAGGAUCGCAACAAUAGGGCGAGUGUAGAUUCCUUUGGCAAGCGUCGGUCGACCAUGAACAGUCGAGCUGCCUACGACGAAGACGAGGUGCUACGCAAGGUACUCGAAGAAAGCAAGCAUGAGGGCGGUACAGCCUCAGAGAACGGCAAUCGAAAGAAGCGGAGUCGCGACGACAGCGAAGAGACAAAGCCAGAGAUCAAACGACAGCGAACCGGCUCUCGCUCCCCUAGCAAUUCGCCAGUGAUAGAAUCGGAAGAUGAUAGUACAAAGGCAUCUGCUCCUAAGCAAAAGCCUCGCGGAGCUGCGGCAAAGAGUCAACGCGAAAAAGAACAGCGCGAGAAGGAGCGCGAAAGUCACCGAAACGAAGCCGCGAAUCGACGGAAAGGCCGUGCAGAGCGAAGAAAGGGAGACGAUACAGAGGAACCCGAGCCCACACCUGCCCCUACCAUCGAAGAGCCCGUUAUGGCCCCAAUCGCGACCGAAGCUACAAUCCCCGAUACCCCCGUCGCAGAACCCAAGCCUGCGCCUGCCCCACGGAGAGGUGGACGUCCACCACAGAAGGCUCGUGGUCGACUUGGGCGGAAUCAGUACUCAAGAGACACCAUGCCCGCGACCAACGGCACUUCACCCAAGAACGACAUCGCACAGUCUCCGCAAACGAACAUGACAAACGGAGCGAGCAAUGGGCAUGACAGCAGCGAUGGCACAGCCGGACAAAAACCUACCAAGACAAAGAAUUGGCGGUUGCAAAAACUUUCCUGGAACGAUAUACGAAGGCCAGCCGGAGCUAUGCAGAGCUACAUAGCUCAACGACAGGUCGAGAUGGCUACAGGGGAGAAACAUGGAAGCCUCGCUCCGGCAGUCCAACCGGCAAACGGCGAGCUGACCCAAGAGCAGCAGAAGGACGAGGAUACAGACCUGGCGAAGUUCAAGAACUUGAGCACUACACAGAUGAUGGACUUCUUGAGUCGGGAUCUGGUGCAUUGGCAGCAGAUGAUCACUGAGCCAACGGAUAAGUCGCCAAAGUGA